AUGCGCUUCAACUUCUUCGCCGCCGCUCUCGCGGCCAGUAGUGUCUCGGCCGCGGCGAUCGAGCCCCGCGCCGUCAUCGCCUACGACCAGGUCGUCGGCUUCCCGCAGACGGUGCCCUCGGGCGUCGUGGGCGCGGCCUACCUGCGCUACAAGCCCUGGCUCGAGGUCACCAACGGCUGCGUGCCCUUCCCUGCCGUCGACAAGGACGGCAACACCAGCGGCGGUCUCGACACCAAGGGCGGGCAGAACGAGGGCUGCGCGCACAACAUAGGCCAGGUGUACGCGCGCGUGGGCGCCUACGCGGGCCGCUACGCCCUCAUGUACACGUGGUACAUGCCCAAGGACUCUCCCGCGCCGGGCAUGGGCCACCGACACGACUGGGAGAACGCCGUGGUGUGGAUCGACGAUGUCAAUUCCGACUCGCCCAAGAUCCAGGCGCUGUCGGCCUCGGCGCACGGCGGCUACGCCACGGUCCACGACGACAUCCUCGUCGACCUGUUCCUCGACGGCACGCGGCCCAAGAUCGGCUACAUCAGCAUCUGGCCGCUGAACCACCAGCUCGUCCUGAGCUUCGAGAAGGGCGGCGAGCAGCCGCUCAUCGCGUGGGAGUCGCUGACCGACGCGGCGCGCGAGGCGCUCACCAACACCGACUUUGGGGACGCGAACUUCCCGCUCAAGGACGGGGCGUUUGAGCAGCAUCUUGAGAAGGCGAAGCCUUGA